AUGAGUGCAGUUUUCGAAUUUGAAGACUUACCAUCUUCAAUCUCAAAUAUUAACCUUGAUGAAGAUCUUGUUGAAAGUGGUUAUUCUUCUGAAGUAGACAUCACUGAAGCUAGGACUCUUCCAGCAGAUGAAAAAUUAUACGAAGUGGCCUUAGAUGAAAAUUACAUUUCAUCAUCUCUCACUAUCAAUUCACCAUUAACUAGUGUAAACCGAAAAGUUUGUCUUGAUGAUUUUGAAAUGUUGAAAUUACUUGGACGUGGAGCUUAUGGUAAAGUUAUGUUAUGUCGUCAUAAAGAAAGUGGUAUCUUGUAUGCUAUGAAAGUAUUAAAGAAAGCUUCUUUAUUUGUCCAUGCAAAGAAUGCUGAGCAUAUGAAAGCUGAAAGACAAAUAUUAGAAGAAGUACGUCAUCCAUUUAUUGUCCAACUCUUUUAUGCUUUUCAAACAAACGAUAGAUUAUAUUUGAUUUUGGAAUAUGCAACAGGUGGUGAAUUGUUUACUCAUAUGGCUUCUGAACGAAUGUUUUCGGAAGAUGUUGCAAGAUUUUACAUAGCAGAAUUAAUAUUAGCCUUAGAACAUUUACAUGAUUUGGGUAUUGUGUAUCGUGAUCUAAAGCCUGAAAACUGUUUAUUGGAUAGAGAGGGACAUAUACGUUUGACUGAUUUUGGUUUAUCAAAGGUUUCAAUUGAAGGUAGUAGAGCAAAUACAAUUUGUGGUACAACAGAGUAUAUGGCUCCAGGUAAAAUAGACAGAUAA